AUGAAUUUCCUGGGGAAAUUGGAUUUUUUGGUGUGCUCAGGGAAGGUCAGGUGCUCCAGCUUCAACUUUGGGCCAGUAUGCCAUCAAAAUGAGGUGCUGGCAUUGAACCACAGAAAAGGGAGAGGAUUCAAAGGGGUCACCAACCGCUGGCACUCCAAAAAGCUACCCCGCAAGACCCACCGAGGGCUGCGCAAGGUCGCUUGUAUUGGGGCCUGGCAUCCUGCCCGAGUGGCCUUCUCUGUGGCCCGUGCUGGGCAGAAGGGCUACCAUCGCCACACGGAGAUCAACAAGAAAAUCUACAAGAUUGGCCAAGGCUACGUUAUCAAGGACGGCAAGGUGAUCAAAAACAAUGCCUCCACUGACUACGAUCUCUCAGACAAGAGCAUCAAUCUUCUGGGUGGCUUUGUCCACUAUGGUGAAGUGACCAACGACUUUGUUACGCUGAAAGGCUGUGUGGUGGUGACCAAGAAGCGAGUGCUGAUUCUCCACAAGUCCUUGCUAGUGCAGACCAAACGUCAGGCUCUGGAGAAGAUUGAUCUCAAGUUCAUAGACACCACCUCCAAGUUUGGCCAUGGUCGCUUCCAGACAAUGGAGGAGAAGAAGGCCUUCAUGGGACCACUUAAGAAAGACCGCAUUGCAAAAGAAGAAGGUGCCUAA